AUGAGCGACUUCUGGCACAAGCUGGGCUGCUGCGUCGUAGAGAAGCCACAGCCCCACCUGACGCACAUCGGCUCUGGCGACAUGGCCGCGGGAGAAGGCCUGCCCAUGACCGGUGCCGUCCAGGAGAUGAGGUCCAAGGGCGGUCGGGAGCGACAGUGGAGCAGCUCCCGGGUUUUGUAG